CAUACAUUACAGCAACCUGGAAAAAUGGACCCCGCUGAUGUUAAGUGGACUACGACUGAAUUUAGUCUUCAAGGAUAUGUGUCAACCUUCCGUAAUGCUUUUCCCAACAUAAUCAAGAUCACAGAGGGCUUCCUUGGGAAGCAGGAGAUAGACAGUGUCAGCUCCAGCAUGGUUAUCAGAGUCUACUCUUAUUGCAUGCAGCAAAGAGUAGCUGCUGAAACCAAGAGUGGGAAACUUUUCUCAUUGCCGACUAAAAUGGCCAGGCUGAAAUUCCUUGUGGCACAAGACAGUGGUCCUGUGAAAGCGUUAAGGUUACCUUUGACUUUGGAAUACAUACUGUCUAGAUACAGCCUCCCCAUUACUGUCCGCUCUAUUUCUGCUUUAUCCUAUAAGCAAAAAGGAGAUCAGAAGUCACAAGAUGAACACUUUAGUGAGCUGACCCUGCUAGACACAUAUGAGGAAAACUUCGUGGUGGGACAUCCCAUUGACAAUGGUAAAAUAUUUACUAAAGAGCAGAUAAUGAUUCCGAUGUACAUGACUGAGCUGAAAUUGGUGGUGGCUGUGGGAUUACGGAAUGGAGACGAUAAACAUUGGAAAAAUAUGUGUGACAUGUUGACUAAACAAGUGAAAAGCCAAGCCACUGCAAAUGUUACUUUUGAGGAAAUAUAUAUGCUAGAUAAGAAAGAUAUUUCUCCACAAAAGCCCAGCUACAGCACCAUAGAACCGAUAUACAUUGACAUCAGUGAAGUGGACAACAACAGCAAAACACCUCUGGAGAACAAAGGAAAAUAUGUGGUUCCCCAAAUGCAGUCACAGCCGGUUGUUGGGAAUCAGUCUCAAGAUGCCGCAAAAACGGAAAUUUCUUCUGCAAGCGAAUUCUCAUCCGUCAACGAUGUCCCAAAGGAUCUCUAUAAUCUGAAUGUCAGCCAGGUUUGUCAAUGCCUGAAAUUACUGAACAUGAAUCAGUACGUGGAAGCCUUUGAAACAGCGCAGGUGGAUGGCCAGCUGGUGUACGACCUUAAGCCAGACAUGAUGAAGAGCUGCUUGGGCAUGAAUGAAUUCCAUAUCGUAAAGCUCUUAAAGUUUCGGGAUGGAUGGAGACCUAAUAUUCUAAAAUAGUCACCCACUAUCCAUGGCAAACAACCAAGGUAUCAUGGAAGAUACUGGUUUUAAGUAUAUAAUAAUGUGGAAACGUCCGAAUUGCUUACAAAUAAACCUUAGGCCUCAUGCACACGACCGUUGUGUGCAUCCGCGUCCGUUCCGUCAUUUUUCACAGUUUAGAGGAGGUCCCAUUCAUUUCUAUGGAGCUGUGAAAAAAAACUGA